AUGGAGGCGCCAAUCCCUGUCCAGCAUGCUGGCAACUUUGAGGUGGAGAAGAUACAACCAAAGGGUUUGAAGCGAAAAAGCUCCAAACUGCAGACUCAUGUGGAGGUUUUGAGAUGUAGAUUGGGGAAAUCGGCGGUCACGACAGAGGCAGGCAGGACCUUCGAACCCUCGAAAGAUUGGACGCCAAUAUACUACGCGGUCUAUCAUCGACGAGAAGCAGCUCUAACACACUUCCUGCGAAAUGGAGGCUCGCCGGACGAUGUCACUGGAUCGGGUCAGCCACCGCUGUGUGUGGCAGUCGUAAAUGGACAUAUUGAUGUCGUCAGAAUUUUGCUGGAGUACGGAGCAAAUGUGGAUGCUACUACGAGAGAUUCUGGAGAGACGGCACUGCACCUGGCGAUCAAGAACAACCAUACUGAACUUAUCGACUUGCUUCUCGAAGCCGGACCCCAACUCGAAGCACAUACGACUGAAACGAACGAGACGCCUCUUCACUACGCUGCAUCAAAAUCUGGAUCGUUGGCUACUAUUGUGGCACUGCUCAAACUUGGAGCAAAAUACGACACCAAGAAUUCCAAGGACCAAAGCCCAGCAGAAUCAGCGCUGCUAGCAAACAACAUCCAGGGAGCUGUCGCGAUCAUCAAUGCCGCGCAUGGGAGGCGCCACAGAUUGGUCAAGGAGAAGGAGAUGUUAUUGAAGCACGUUGAGCGAAGCCAAAACCGCUUCAGCAUAGGGAACGAACUGAUCGCGGAUAUCUUUUCAGCAGCAUGCGAUCCGGACUCGACAGUACUUGUCGAAAGUAUCAAGAGAGAUGACGCUAGCUUGGUAGAGAUGUUUCUGAGCAAGGGAGCUGAUCCGGACCGAGUGACCGCAAGAGGAGAAAGACCCAUCUUUAUUGCGCUGGAGUGUGCUGGAGCGCCAGUCGUUCAAGCAUUGGUCAAGCAUAAUGCAGAUGUACAAGUCCGAGAUGCGACAGGUCUUUCAGUCUUACAGGCUGCAUUUGAGGGGUCAAUGGCACAGGAUAAAGACAGCAUAUGCGCGAUCUUUGAGUGUCUGCUUUCCAAAGGAGCCAAUGCAAUGGACACAUACAUCGACGGCAAGAAUCUACUUCAUCGUGCUGUGUCACCAGGUUUCGGCUACGCAAAGGCAGCACACCUAUUCCUUAAAUCCGGCAUUAAGGUCAACUCUCAAGACGGCGACGGAAACACGGCUUUGCAUCUCGCAACACACAGCAAGUCAUCAAUCAAGACACUUCCUGAGGAUGGCCUGCCCAUCAUUGAGACCUUGCUUAUGAAGUCAGCGGACGAACGCGCCAGUUGGAAUUGCAUCGGCCACGAAGAUCAUGACAGACGCGAUGCGCUUUACUACGCUAUCACGAUGCGAAGGCCACUAUUUGUCGACGUAUUGCUGAAGAACGGUGCAGCGGUGUCGUUCAUGGACUGGGUGCCUAUAAGAGGAGCCUUAAACUUGUCAGUAGACACUGAUAAGCAGAUCUCAAGUCUCAUUGCGCAACAUGAGUGGUCACGCCGCGCCGGUAUACUUCGAACUCAGCAAGUUGUUCCGGAGCAAAAGAACCAGAGGUCUCUUUUCACAGAGAUGUUCCCGACCAAGGACCUUGCCAUCAUAAUUUCGAUGGGUUUAGAUCCAAACGCACUACCGAAAUCCAGUCUGGGGUCUUCAAUGCUCUGGGCAGUCCUUCGACAAGUGCCGCUUCAACCUUCACUACCGCCGGCCUAUCUGUUUGACACGAUCAAACUCGUUCUUGAGCAUAGUGCUGAUCCCAACGCUGGAACUACGAGAGCUGGUCGAUGCACACCUUCUCCUCAAUCGUCUUCGCAAGAUCUGCCCCUGUCGAUGCAUAUGCUGACAUUCUUAAUGGAAGAGUGUCCUACGGUGGAUGCGGAACUCAUCACACUUUUGCUGAACAAGGGUACGGAGCUAUCUCUCGCUUCACCGUUCUACGAUGGCAGAUAUCCGCUUCACUCAGCGGCGAAAGCGAAUCGAAUCGACCUCGUGGAUAAAUUCUUGCUCCAGAGAGCAGACGUAAAUUGUGCCGAUUUGGAAGACCGCACUCCACUGUUCAUCGCAGCUAAGCAAGGCUUCUCGGACAUUGUAAACGCACUUAUCAGCCGGCACGCGAACGUCAAUCUGCAAGACAAAAACGGCGAUACGGUGCUGCACAUGGCGGCUUGUGGAGGCAGCAAGACGGUUGUAGCGGCCUUGCUCCGCGCUGGUGCCAAAGCUAACCUCAAGAACACCAAAAAUCAAACACCUCUCGCAUGUGUCUCUGAGGAUCAAUUCAAAGAGAAAGACAAGAUUGUGUACAUGCUCAAGGACGCCGAGCAAAAAGAGAAGGUAGUUGAGGAGCAGACCCGUAAAAUGAACGCGCAGAGUGCCGCUCAAGAGGCGAAGAUGAAACAGCAAAUAGAGCAGGACGAGAAGAACAGACAACAAAGACAGCGGGAAGAACAGGAACGCAAGGCCAAAGAGAGCGAAAAGCGUGUGAGUGAUGCUGAGCAGCCGCUUCCCGUCCUUGAUCGCACUAAGGCUGUUCUGAACGGCAAGACUGGUGACAAAAGGAACAGUAGCGCAGCUGAGCUUGCGGAUUGGUUGGCGUUGAGUAAGAUGAUGGACGGAUUGUAA